GUACUUCUCGAGCUUUGAGACGUAGGCUUUACUAACAGCAAAGUAGUAUCUUCCGAUGGCGGUCUCCUCGCCGCGCCACUGGUGCUCGCACGCGUCAUGGUGCCUCGUGCUCGGCCUGCUGCUGCUGUCGUUGUCCGCGACGGCGACGGCUCAGCCGACGAAGGCGCAGUAUCUAAGCGAGCUGAACACGCUCGUCGCAAGGCUCAAAAAGCAAAGCUGUAACAUCAUGGCGGAAGCAGUGUCACAAUUCAUUUCGCAAGUUGAGCAAGUCCCCGAUGUUGGAUUCUCCGCAGGCUACCAAGAGCUCACCUUCCUCGCACCUUCCGACUGGGCUCUACAGCUUCGCGCAGCUUAAAGCCCUGCCAAACCGCAGCAAGAUCCCCACUCUGGCAAGCAAGAGCAUUGUGAAGCACAGUGUGCGGCCCAGCAGGUUUUGGAAUCCCGGGACGAGUGUGGCGCUGAGUGCCCCUGGAGCGCAGCAGCUAUUUUGGGCGCAGGUGGAUACGAAGAAGCUGUUUAAUGGGCAGUGGGUGAAGGCAUAUGUUUUUGACUGUGUUCUUGUUCCCAACUAGUGCAAAGCAAACACAUGCCGCAUAGCGGACCCUGUGUUUCCCCUGAAUUGCAUGUGCACGUGUGUUGGACAGGACACGUGUGGUGCUUGGUGGGCCUGGAGCGCAGUUGUCCCCUGAAGACACAUGCUAUAGACUUUCCUCUUGUCCAUUCUUACUCAGUGCAUAGUGAUACAGACAUUGUACAUGUCAUUCCCUACAUGUUAUGGCAUAUGUCACAAUUGUCAUU